AUGUCUUUGGGACCGAACAACACAGACUGGGACACCGUUCCGGAUGACGAGCUCUAUGAGACGCCCUGGGAGAGACUUGAAGCCCUUAAGGAGAUCUUCCCAGUCCCGUUGAGAAGGUCUUUCAGUGCAACGGCGGAUUGGACUGUCUGGCUGGGAAAGAGAACUGUAAGUGUUCAAUUUUUGUUAAUGUUUUCCUCUUAGUUUUCCAUGACGAAAUCAACUCUUUGGAUUGGUGCAACGUCAGGUAUCUUGAUGCUUUUACCUGUAAUUAUUGAAAAGGAAUUAGCCGAACUUGCCAAAUCUCAGGUAAUGGAUAAAAUCCGGUUUUAAAUAACAAUUACUUUAGAUCCAGCAACAACAGCAGAUGCUGCUUGGCCCCGUUAAACCUUAA